AAGAUUUAUAUCCGCUGGAAUCAUCUGGAAGCUUUUCCAUCCAUCUUUCUCACGCACAAGCAACACCCACAGACGUCAUAAAAAACACACACAGUAUAAGAAUUUCCAGAAACGCCAUUAUUUGCAUCUCUUCCCACACGCCCCAAACAAAGUAUAAUCAACAUAUAUUCUUGGAAUCUUCUUCUUUUGUACCAAUUAAUUUCCCCCUUUUUCUGAUUCUUUCUUAACAGAGCUUUUUGAUUAAUCUUUUUCCUUUUCCUUUAAUCCAAUAAGUUUCCCUUUUCUGAUUCUCUCUUUCUUCCUGUGUGUUUUCGGUGUUUCUGUGUGAGAGAGAAAAAAUCUGCUUUGAAACUGAAACCAAAUCCAUCCAUUAAUAUGUGUGUACAAGACGUAGACAAGGUUUGCGAGGAGAAGGAUAAUCUUGGUCUUUCAACAGACCAUAACACCACUCAGCUUGCUUCAGAUCAGAUCACUCUUUCCAAUUCUUAUCCGAUGGAGAGUAUUUGUGAGGAUGCAGUUGUUGCGGAUGAGAAAGUGAGUAAUUUCACCCCCAUGCUUCGUUCUGGAGAGUGGUCUGAUAUCGGGCAUCGGCCGUAUAUGGAGGAUACUCACAUUUGCAUUCCGGAUUUAGCUAAGAACUUCAGUAAUAAACUUCUUGGUGAAGAAGCAGUAUCGUUUUAUGGGGUGUUUGAUGGGCAUGGAGGAAAGGGUGCAUCACAUUUCGUGCGCGAUAAUUUGCCAAGGAUCAUCGUCGAUGAUGCUAAUUUCCCAUUGGAACUUGAAAAAGUAGUCACGAGGUCGUUUAUGGAGACAGAUGCCGCUUUUGCCAGGUCAUGUGCUCUUGAAUCGGCUCUUUCUUCCGGCACAACUGCACUUACUGCUAUGAUCUUUGGGAGGUCUCUACUCGUGGCAAAUGCUGGAGACUGUCGGGCGAUACUCUCUCGGCAUGGACUAGCUUUUGAGAUGUCAAAAGACCAUAGGCCAUGCUAUGACAAAGAAAGACUUCGGAUUGAAUCCUUAGGUGGGUUCGUGGAAGACGGCUACUUGAACGGCCAAUUAGCCGUGACUCGAGCCAUAGGUAACUGGCACAUCAAAGGGCUGAAAGAAAUGGACGAGCACAUUGGCCCGUUGAGCGCUGAACCGGAGCUCAAACUCAUCACUCUAACGAAAGAAGACGAGUUCUUGAUCAUCGGAAGCGAUGGGAUCUGGGACGUGUUCAGGAACCAGAACGCGGUGGAUUUCGUGAGGCGGCGGUUGCAGGAGCACAACGACGUUAAGCGGUGCUGCAAGGAGAUGGUGGAGGAAGCUAUGAAGAGAGGGGCACUAGACAAUUUGACGGUGGUUAUUGUGUGUUUUCAGGCGGAGGCACCGCCGCAUGUGGUGGUGCAGAGGGGUAGAGUAAGGAGGAGCAUAUCUGCAGAAGGGCUGCUGAAUCUUAGAUUCCAUCUUGAAGGGUGAAAAUGGAGUAAUUUUGUCUGAUGAUGAUGAUGAAAAAUGGAGUAAUUUUUGUAAAUACAUUCAUGUGGAGGGAGGGAAGGAAAUAAGCUGAGAAAUGGAUACUGGAACAAUAUGUAUAUUCAUAAAAUGGUGAUUUAUCAUAUCAUUUGUAAAUUUAUUCUCUUCC